AUGCCAAAAAAACAACGUUGCUCAUAUACUGCUCAAGAAAAAUUAACAAUAAUUCAGUAUGCAAAAAAUAAUGGUAUAAGAAAUGUGGCGCGAAAAUAUAAUAUCGAUCAUAGUCAAAUUUCACCUGAAGAAAAAUUGAAGAAAUGGAUUAUUGAACUUCGACAAAAUGCAAUUGGAGUAACAUCAACAGUUAUAAAAGAACAAAUGAAAAAAAUAUUAAGAGAAGAUUUUUCAGAAAUUGAUACAAAAGACUUUAAAGCAUCUGACAUGUGGUUUAGAAAUAUGGACGAAAUAUCAGUAUUUUUUGAUAUGAUAGGAAAUACUACUAUUGAAGUAAAAGGAUCAAAAAUGGCUAAAAUUCGAACUACAGGAAAUGAUAAAAAUUA